UAUUUUUUCGCCGCCGCUUUUAUCGCGCCAGCAUUAUUAGUGUCAAAGUGAAGUGUUUCAAGAGGCUGAGUGCUAAUAUCGCGUUAUCUAAUGAUGAUUGGUGUAUAACAUAGAAUCGGAACGUUAUGUGGGCGGUGGAACCGCCGCAUGUGAAUGGACGGCUUUCGGAUCGAUAGAGCUCAGUGCGCAGGCCCGCCUUAACAGAACACAGCUGGUGGCUUCGCAUCCUUCCUCCAACACUUCCUCGAACUCAACCGCGUCUCAGUGCCAGUUGUGAAAAUAAAAGUGCCUGGAAGAUUGCGGAUAUGCUCGUGACCUCCCGGCGGCUCUAAACGAUGUGAUGGGCCGCCAGCGGCCGGCUUUGUGGGCGCUGGCGCUGCUCUGCACGCUGGCGCCCUCGCACGCCGAUGGAAACAUAGGUUGCUUAUUCAGCUCAACCUUGUGCAUAGAGGGCGCGGAGUGGUGCUAUGACGAUUUCGCCUUCGGGAAGUGUAUACCGAUCUACGAGAGCGAAGUGGAUGAAGGUGCGCUGUACCAAUAUGACAUGAGCUCGGAGCAGCUGCAAUGGUUCGAAGAGGAGCUGCAACGCCUAGCGUCGCACGGCUACCGCUGGGAGCACGCCUACACGCAGUGCGUGCUGCAGGCCAUGCUGUACACGCUGCGCCAGGACCUAGACCCAACAAAGAUCAAUCCAAAAAUAUGCGACCAUUUUGUGGACCCCAAACUAAGUUCCGAUGUCGCUGAUACUACUGAAGAAGAUAAUGAACCCGAUGAACAGGAGGCCUACAUUCGUUUUACUCCUAACUCUCAACUUGACUCAAACUAUGCGAAUGAGGUGUAUAGCCCACCAUUAACCGAUGAGGAAGCUGCUGAACUUCUUAUCCCAAAAGGCCCCAUAAUAUCUGACGAAGAUCAAGCAAUCUCAGCCGAAGAAACCCCAAGCGAUAAAUUACGCGAUCUAAUGCUAAUAAGUGCAGACGAGGAGUCUCCUGUCAUUCUACCUUUUGAGGGUUUCCGAGAGAGAAUUAGGGCUGCUCAAAAAGCUAGAGCCACUGAUCCCGAAGCGUAUGCCAGCGCUAUUGUGGAUAAGAUUAAAAAGUCUUUGCCUGUAGUCAACGCAAACAGAGCUGAAAUUAACGGAGGUUAUGACGAAGAGCGCCUAGGAGCUCAUUAUAGAAAGAUGAAAGCAAAAGCACCUCCGUUCACGGCUGAGUAUAUCCUCGGAAAUAAUGCAUCGCCUAUUGAUGCAGAGGUGCUCUCAAACGCCCAAGAAAAGUACAAACAAAGCUUCGCUGAGAAGAAUUUUCCAUUUGAAUAUGAAAAUCCUAGCGAUUUACCUGAACAAAGAAUUUACUUCGACGACAUGGAAGAGGUACCCUAUGAUAUGGGUAGCGGAGAACUUGAAAACUGGAAAGAUCUAAAUACCCCGGAAUCUCAGGCGAAACAUUCUAAGAAUAUGGAGUACUUGGUGAAUUACUGGCGCCAAAUUGUGGAUUCCAAAUUAAAGCCGCAAGGAGCUCUCUAUGCUGAAGGUGGUCCCCUAAAGGCUGAGGAUUUGCAAGGUGAAAAUUCAAAAUUUUACCCCGAGGACUUCCAAGAUUUACUAAGUAAAGAAUGGGGGUUUAUGCGUAGGGAACGAGAUGAUGUUAAAAAGCCUGGGCCUCGCCUGGACGCGAAAGUCCUAAAGCAUUAUUUGCAUCAGAAUAAGUCAGUGACAGGUCAAGGCACGCCUAGCGCACAAAAGUUUACGGGCGUCCAUGAUCACAAUGACUACGAUUACGAUCCUUCUUAUGCGUAUGUCCUCUUCAAAAACCGGUUGUUUAAUAAUUGGGAUGUCGGCGUUUCAUUUAUAAAAAAAAUUGAAGAAAAACUGGGAUUAGAGGAAAAGACUUUCACAAAUCCGCGAGUGGACAAGGGAGAAGUAACGUUCAAAGUUGAGAAGAAUAGUAAGGGAUAUGAUGCAAGCACUGUAGCUAAGCGUAUUGAUGAUAUCAAAGACGAGUUACGGCAUGAGACCGGUGUUAAAAUUUUGGCAACUGGCGUCGGAGAUCGAAGCAAACGACCAAUAAUAGAGCAUUCAGAGUCUUCUGAGGCUCAAAUAUUCGGCUUGGAGCUCCCAGUGCUGAUGGCUCUAGUGGGCAGCUUGUCUGUUCUUCUGGUGGGCGGCGUGGUGUUCGUUGUUCUGCUGAAACGAGACCUGAACGGGAAAAGGAAGAUGCAGGGACUGUCAUCGGCUGCUGAGAUCGACGCUGAGGCGACUAGAGACUACCAAGUAAAGGAGCUGUGUCGCGCGCGCAUGUCGGGCAAGUGGUCAGGACAGCAGACCACUACUGCGCCACACCCUGCGGACCCCCCGCAGCGGAUCACCUCGCUGUCAAGGGAACCUGACGGCAACUCGCCAUCCACUCGGUCCAGCACUUCAUCCUGGAGUGAGGAACCAGCAUUGACUAACAUGGACAUAUCUACUGGACACAUGGUUUUGGCAUACAUGGAAGACCACCUUCGUAACAAGGACCGCCUGGAGCAGGAAUGGCGCGCCCUCUGCGCAUACGAGGCUGAACCAUGCGCCACCAACGCCGCCAUGAAGGAGGAGAACACCGGCAAGAACCGCUACGCUGACGUCUUACCUUACGACCACUCGAGAGUUACGCUAAACAAGCUGUCUAACCAUCUCGGUUCGGAUUACAUCAACGCUUCUACUAUUACGGACCACGACCCUCGUAACCCAGCCUAUAUCGCCGCCGCGGGCCCUCUAGCUCACACGGCGCCAGACUUCUGGCAGAUGGUUUGGGAGCAGGGCAGCGUGGUAAUGGUGAUGCUGACUAGGCUGACUGAGAACGGACAGCAGCUGUGCCACCGCUACUGGCCCGAGGAAGGCUCCGAGCUCUACCAUAUCUAUGAGGUCCAUCUUGUGAGCGAGCACAUCUGGUGUGACGACUACUUAGUCCGGAGUUUCUACCUGAAGAACCAGCGCACUGGCGAGACCCGUACCGUUACCCAGUUCCACUUCCUCUCCUGGCCCGAGAAUGGCGUACCGGCAUCUACCAAGGCGUUGCUUGAGUUCCGAAGGAAAGUCAACAAAUCGUACAGAGGGAGGUCUUGUCCUAUCGUGGUUCACUGCAGUGACGGAGCCGGCCGCUCGGGCACCUACUGCCUCAUCGACAUGGUACUCAACCGCAUGGCCAAGGGCGCAAAGGAAAUCGACAUCGCAGCUACACUCGAGCACAUCCGAGACCAGAGGCCGCGAACUGUGGCUACCAAGCAGCAGUUUGAGUUUGUGCUGAUGGCAGUCGCUGAAGAGGUACACGCGAUACUGAAAGCUCUACCGGCCCAACUCCAACAAAUGCAAGAAAAGAAGGACAAGGAAAAGGACAAAGAUAAAGAAAAGGAAGGCUCCGAGAAAGAGAAGCCUAACAACUGAACACUUUGCUAUUCGUCGUCGUUGCGUUACUUAUCACUGUAUUUGUGUGUUUCCAAUUCCAGGCUGAGAAUUUCGCUGAUUCGUAUAUUUAUUGUCUACGUUCAUUUAUUUAUUGUGUAAGCAGAAUAUCUAUUCGAAAUUCUCAACCUUGAUGACAAUAAAGCUAAACUGAGCGCGAUUUCAAAAUGGACUUCUUGACUUAUUGCAACGGCCGUUUAUUAGGUCGUAACUUAGUAUAUUUUAUCACUACAAACUUAGGACAUAAAUAGCGUUAAUUGUAACUUCCCAUUGGCUGUAAGUACAGUCGCGGAUAUAAACAUGUAGCUACACAAAUUCGCCUUUUCCAUGAUAUCGGGUGCAAAAGGAUAUAUAAUAGUUACAUGUUUAUAAAAGUGACAGUACAGACGUACAUACCUACUUAAAACGCUACAUCGUCUAUUGUCGCCAAAUAUCUUGGCAUUUAUUUUUUUACAGCUUUUUAAUCUGCGACAGGGAAAUAUUUUCAUUAAAAUAUGCAUACCUAAAUAAUUUUACGGUUCAUACCUAUUACCUGUCCAAAUUAUCGAGAAAUGAAACUAUUUUAGAAAUAUUAUGUUGAAUGUAACCUCCUUAUUUAAAUGAUGUAAUUGUAUGCCUACUGCCUAUUAAGUAUGUUUAAAACUAUUACCUAAGUAUAAAUCAUGUACCUAAUGUACUUAUUAUGUAUGUUAUCAUCGUCAUCAUGUUUUGUUGUAAAAAUAUAUUACGGUCAAUUGUUGAGGUGUCUAAAAUCUCUAAAUCUAAUUUGCAAGCAUUUAAUUAUUUAUGCUUACCUAUAAUUUUGUGACAAAGACCCAUCAUACAGUCAGCUAUAAAAAUAAAAGUAGCUACGCUGACAAAGUGACUGAUAUGAUCUGCACCAGCUCUUAUUCUCCUGACCAUGGGGAGUAAUGAAGAUCAUUUGAGUUCUUUGUUCGGGGAGCUACUCAUGCUGCUGAGUGUACUAGCUAUACAUUUCGAACUCUUGCAUAAUCGUGGACGUCCAGCCCGUCCAAGACUGCAUUUUAUUAUUUAUAAUAAAAUGCCCGCAAGAGUUUCAAAAUGACCAAAUAGAAUAAAUAGUAAAGCUCGCCUAAUACGAACACGUUUUAUACGUACGGAAUACCUAAGUAAUAGGUACGUAAUUUUCCACCUGUCCUCAGGCAUAUAUGAUUGUUAUAAUAGUCUGAGUCUUCAGGCGAUUCUCCGCACAUGUUUUCAGUUCAAUCCUUGAAAUCGUACUAUGCGGGUUUUACUGUUAUAAUGCAGUUUUGAACAGACUAUUGCAUAUUUGAUACGAAUGUUUGGAUAUCUUUAAUCAAAUGUUGAUCUUUGACUUAAAAAAUACAAAAAAAAAUAUUCUACUGUGCAUGGGAUGCAUUAGCUGUGAAUCGAUCUAGUCUAUGAGUAAAUUUAAUAUUUUAUCGUUAAAUUUAUCAUUAUCACGUUGUCUAUGCUUUUUAAUUAUGGAAGGCGCAAGCUGCUCCGAGUACAAUACAAGCGAUGAUUUAGGUAGAAAUCAAAUUCGGGAUAAGAAACGUUUGAGAAUUUCUGCUAGGUGCUUCAUGUCACGGAGGCGAGGGAACUUACCGAAAUCUGAUUUAACUUGAUACUAACUUGAUAAUAUGAGCUUAUUUACCUACACGAUAUACAUUCGUGCGUAACUCCACUCUCUUGUAACCAACCGUGUUAUGUAAGGCCUCUUGUCCACGGUACGGUGUGUUAGCGGCGCCGUUGUCAUACCGUGCCGAGCUUGUACACGACGCGGUAAAACAACGGACGUCACAACGUAGGUACUACUCAGUUGUGAAGGACUGAAACGUGAAGACCUUCGGCGCCAUCAACAAGCUCGUAGAGACUAGAGACUGCCAUACAACACCGGGGAAUUUUACCCCGCCACGGCGCACACGGCGGCGUAGCCGCGCCAUGCUAAAACCAUGGCCGUUUAUAUACAAACCUCCAUAGUAGCCCAUACAACAUUGGAGACCGUGUCUAGACGCGGUUUAAAAACCGUGGAUUAUUACGGCAAAAUACUGUGUGUAUAAGAGGCCUACUUUUAAUUAUUACAAGCACACUACGGCCACGAACGGUGCUUAGUAGCCACAAAAAGGAUUCCUGAAGAAGUCCGAAACGUAUUGCAAUAGACAGUUAUAACCUAUGGUUAUAACACUGACAUCGUUCGAUGCCUUCGUGAAAUGAAAUAAUUUACAUAUACUCCCAUUUUAUUCUACAAGCGUUUAGAGACUUGUACUCGACAGCUGCAGCCCUAAUUUAAUUGUCAAUGGCUGCUAGAAGCGUUGUUUACCAUUCUUUAUUAUUAAGUUUUACCUUUAAGUAUCUGUUUAUCGUUGUAAACAUCCAUUAAAGCAAUUUUUACAAUUGCAUUGAACCAGAAGAGUGGACAUUUAAUGUCCUCGGCCGAAUCAUAUCCUGAAAGAACGGAAUACCUGAUAAUGUUUAAUCUGAAUUAACGAGAUCAAAAUAAAUAUUUACAGAUCGUAGCUGAAACUAUAGAGAUCGUAAUACGUAUCUAUAUGCAUAAAAUUUAUGUAAGAUUAUAUUUAUUGAAAUGGAAAAUGUAAAAAAAAUAUUACCCACGAAAUUAAAAAUGUAGUUUAGAUUUAGGGGAAAUUAUAUUAACCGUAUUUCUGUAUGAAAUUAUAUGUAGUUUUUAUGUGGAUGAUUGAA